GUGUCGGCCCUGUGCCCGGUCGAGGCCACGGUCCUGGGCUACUAUCCGAAUCUCGGGUCCGGCAUCUUCUUUGCCAUUGUCUUUGGCCUCUUGACCGUGGCUUCUCUGGUGCUGGGAAUAUGGAAGAAGACGUACACAUAUGCCAUUGGCCUUUCCAUUGGCCUAUUGCUGGAAAUGCUCGGCUACAUCGGCCGUAUCCAGCUGCACUCCAACCCCUGGAACGACGGCGCCUUUCAGCUCCAGAUCUGCGCCAUCAUCCUCGCGCCCACCUUCAUCUGCGUCUCCAUCUACCUCACCCUCAAGCACGUCGCCAUCAACAUCAACGCCUCCGCCUCCCGCAUCCAGCCCGGCUGGUACCCCAUCAUCUUCUUGCCCGCCGACCUCAGCUGCCUCAUCGUCCAGGCCAUCGGCGGCGGCAUCGCGGCCGCGGGCGGCAAGACCAACCGCAAGCUGCAGGAGAGCGGCAACAAGGCCAUCAUUGCCGGCGUCUCGCUGCAGGUCGUCGUGCUCGUCGUCUUUGGCGCCCUCAGCGUGGACUACUAUGUCCGGGUGAGGAGGUGGCUGGCUCGUCCCGAGGCGCAGAGCACGGAUGGCUGGAGGCUCUGGCAUGAUGGCAACUUUAAAAAGUUUCGCUAUGCCAUUUCCACUGCUUUCUUUGUCAUUCUGAUCCGAUGCAUCUACCGUAUUGCUGAAAUGGCCGGCGGCUGGGGCAACGAAAUCAUGCAAGACCAGGCCAGCUUCCUCGUCCUCGACAGCACCCUCGUCUUCGUCGCCAGCUUCCUGCUUACUGUCUUCCACCCGGGCAUCUUCUUCCCCGCCAUG